AUGAGUGUCAUACAAAAAUUUAGUGGUAACAACUUGAUAUCUUUACAAGAAUCAAAAAUGCAUUAUAUAAUCCCCUUUUCUAUACUAAAGAUUACUUCAAGGUCUUCAUGUGCUAUGAGAGUGAGACAUUCAAGUUCACUAACUAAAUUUGAUACUAAGAAAUUCGUACAAUCUUUGGAAUCCCAGGGAGGAUUCACUCAGAAACAGGCUGAAACGGCUGUCAAGAUAGUUAAUAUGGCUAUUAAUGAUGGAAUAUCAUCUAUAACAAACAACCUCGUAACUAAGGAAACCUUGUCAUCAAUAGCAUAUCAACAAAAGGUAGAUUUUGCAAAGCUAAAAGGAGAACUUCAAACGAUGGAUAAGUCUGAAUUUACGAAUUUAAAGAAAGAACAAGAAAAGCUCAGAACUGAUCUCACGAAUCUAAAAAAUAGGCUCAAAGAAGAAAUAACAAAGAGCCAAGCUGGCGUACGAUUGGAUUUAAAUUUGGAGAAAGGGAGGAUUAGGGAAGAAAGUUCAAAGCAUGAGCUGAAAAUUGAAGAUACGUAUACAAGGAUAGAUGAAGAAAUAGCAAAUAUGCAGAUGCAGAUUAAAUCUGUCAAAACUCAAGUUACUCAGUGGUUAAUCGGUGUGUCGUCUGGUACGUUUGCGCUUAUGUUAGCAUUCGUCAGGUUUUUCGGCUAA